AAAAUCAUGUGUGGCUCGACAGAAGGAGAGGGAGAGGGAGGUAAAGAGAGGGAGAGAUUGUUAGGUAAAAAAGAAGAAUUAAAAGUUCAUGGCUCUUUGAAAGGGUUGUACUUGCAUUAUUAUGCUAUUAUAUUAUCAUUAUAUCAUUGGCAUAAAAAUGGUCUUAAAAUGACAAUAAUAUCUUUAAUCUCAAUUAUUUCUGGGACAAUAUAUCAUCCAACAAAAGUCGUUAUUGUGACAGGCCUGACGUCUAAAGUGUAUUCAAAGAUCUAAGAAUCAUUUAGCAAAUCAAAUGCAGAAAGUUACUUUGAAUCCGAAUCCAGAAUUAGGUUUGGUUUUGGCGAAUGGUUAUUUAAAUAUCCACAUAAUAUACACAGACUAUAAGCACUAACACACAGCUUUUUUAAUAUUCCGGAUGCAGGUUUAAAAACAGUUAUGAUCACAGAUAUUGGAAACCCAAUGACUCUCAUACGUAAAGGCCUUUGGUUUAUUAUUAUAGCCCCUGCAAGUCUGUGGACGUAAAUGUAAAUAUGUUAUAGAACAUAGAUGGAUUAACGACGCACGUCAUUACGUCCCGAUGCCACGCCGUCCGACGUUCCCUCCAGAAUUUCACGUAUCGACAUACAGUUCGUCUCCGUUACGGUCCCGUAUACAGUUUUGGGUGUUUCAUUUUUAAUUUUACGAAAGCUCCAGCCGUUUUCUGUACCGCUUGUCCUACACAGGGUCUCGGGGGAGCCUGGAGACUAUCCCAGGAAACACAGGGCGGGGGACGCCCCGGACGGGGUGCCAACCCAUCGGAGGCAGAGGAAUGGAGCGGCAGGGUGACUCUCCACAUGACCAUGCUUUCGUGGAGCUGCCGGUGCCGAGCAUGCUGAGUGUAUCGGGUGAGGCGGACCUCCAGGUCCUGAUCCGUGAAACAGAGGAGAAGCUGAAACUCAACGCCUGCAGUAUUGAGCAGAACCUGUGCGAACUGCAGACUAAGAUUGGAAAGGCCUGGGCUGAUGAGAAGGUCCCCAGUCCUACCGAAUGCCUACAGUGGUUCAGUCAGAGUAAUCUGAGUUUGCUGAAACCUGUCUCUACUGGUCACCAGGAGCUUCUGGACUUCCUCAAAGCCCUGCAACACCUUCUGAAGACGGAGGAGGCUUACACAGACGCAGUUCUCCAGCUGCUGCUGAACAUCUCCUGUCAGUGCGGGGUGGCCUUCCCCACGUCUGACUCAUUAUCUGAACAGAGCCAGACUUCCAUGGCUCCCUUUUGCUCUGUACAUGAUGACAUCGCUCUGGAGGUCCAAGAAACCUGGGAUGACAUCCGGCUCUUGUUGCGGCGCCACCUGCUGGACAAGUUAUCCAUGGAUGAAUCUGGAGUCCCUCAAAGGGCUGUCUUUCUUGUGCAGCAGCUCUGCUUCCUGUACACUGAAACAGAGGUUCUGGAGAAGUACCAGGCGCUCCGGAGCAAAAUGGUUCUGGGGCUUCUAAGGAAAAACCAGACAUGCUGUCCAGAUGGGGAAAGCGGCUUUCAAAAGUUGGGUGUUGCCUUCCAGGCUGUCUGUCCUGCCUUCUGUGCCAUGCUGGCUGAGGACAUUCACGUCCUGAAUGGCAUAGUUGAGCCACAUUGCAUUCUGAGCUUUGUGAACCAGGCCUACCUGUGGACGCUGGCACAGGAGCUGGGCUUGCUUAUGGAGAAGGAGAUAGAGGUGAUGUUGAAGGAGAACAGUACACAAGGAGGGAAGGGGAUGAGGAGCUCAAGCAAGAAGGCAGCAGUAGCUCCUCAAGACUCUCCCCAAACAAACAAGAAUUUCUCUCUGACCUCCGAGCAACUGAGAGGCCUGGUCCUGCUGGCCACCACAAUGCUGCAGCUGGAGCGCCGAGUGGAGGAUCUGGCAGCUGAGUUGGGUUUCCUCAACUGUGCUGGAGAGUCAUGUGGUGUUAGAGGGAACCUAAAGAAGGUCAGGGACGAUGUGGAGAUGGUUGGAAAAGUCACACCAGACCUGCUGCUACAGAGUACAGAGGUGGUGUGUCUGGAGUUUGAGUGGAGGGCUGCAUUUCGUGUACUGGUUCCUCAGAUGGCUCACGGUGUGAAGAUGUUUCUGGAAGAUGUAUGCAGUAAGAGUCUGCAGCAGGAGGAGAGGACACAUAGCUCCACCUCAUCUCUCAGCCCUCUAGCCUGUGUUUCUCUCAGACAGGAAGCUGAACUCUGUCCAGAGAGAGACAUGCCCAAGAUGAUCCCUAAGUUCUGUGCGGACGUGAUGGAGGAGUUGGAUGCUCUGCUCUCUUUGGCUGUGGCGUGUAAAGAUGAUGUUCUGCUCCCGGUGUGCUCCUGCUACGUUGAGGCGUGUGGCCGGGUGAGCUCGGCUCUCCUGACCAGGCUGGAAGAGAGGGCAAGGGAGGUUCCUCACUCCUCACCCCUCAAGAACCUUCCCACCAUACUGGCCUCCAGCACCUAUAUCCACCACAGAUUGGCUUACUACGAGAGCCAGCUAGGGGAUACCAAUCGCAUGCCUCGGACUCUGCUGCCCAUCCAAAGGAGUCAGGAAGUGACGGAGACCGUUCACGAGCAUCUGACCAGCUACUGCGUCCAUGUGUGCGCCACCAGUAUACUGCAGGAUGCCGAGAGUCACUACUGGGCAGACGACAAGUCGUUUUAUGAGGGUGAAAGGUGUUCCUUCUCUAUCCAGAUGUGGCACUAUUUCCUCUCAGCUUUGCGCAGUGACCUGUGGAGCACCGUUUCCCCGCUGUUGGCCAAGCAGACCCUGGCACAGGUGCUGGCACAGACUCUAGAGCUCCUGCUUCAGCGAUACUCCAGAGCUCAGCCCUCCUACAAAAGACACCCUCAGAUCAGAUUGGACAUCACCGCCAUCCUGCUGUGUGUGGAGCAUCUGAUGUGGUCUGUGUAUAACAGCAUGGAGGAACUUGUCAGACCGGAGCUGCCUUCAGAAACCUCUAGAACCUGGGUGUCGGUCAUCCACAGCCUGUGUAAUCAGCUCCUGAAUGUCCUCGUCAUCCUCACUGCCCCUCUAGCAGAGCUCUACAGAGCUUUUCAGAAUGGUUUUAGUGAAGAACCAUCCAGCACUCCGGCAGACGCACACACUAACCAUACUGCCUUUUGGCUAAAUAUCUUCAACCCUACACUCUUCCCGCUGGAUCUGCUAAGGGGCGAGGUGGAAAGUGAAAGCUCGGCUCUGUGGCUGCUGAACAUAGUGAGCUCAGGACCUGGCUUCUCUCCGGCACUGCUCCUGCAGGCUAUACUGCACCGUGACUGCCUCCUACUGCGCCUGCUGAUCUCCCAUUCCUAUCUGUGUUUGGACAGUAAGGUUGAAGUGUCCCUUGAGGCUCAGGAAGCUGCUGCUGAGUUUGUGGAAGCUAUUUUUGCCAUCCUGUCCUCCCUAAACAAUGUCCCCAGGGCUCUAGCGCUUGUGCUUGAGGGCUACCUGGACAGAAGACACCUUUGGGACCACUUUUGCAGUUUAGCAGAUUCAGCCAAAGUAGAGCCUGUGCUGUUUAAGUGUCUCAGAGACGUCAUCUGCAAACCCAUCAGCAGCCUGUUACGACACUUAGUGAGCAUGAUGCAGGCGUGUGAGGAACGCCCUGGCCCACUGCUCAGACAAAACCUUCCUGAAAGCGUACAGGCCAAGAUCCCUAAAGAGUGGAACUAUACGCCUGAGGAGGCCACGACGAAAGACAGCAGCAAGAUCGGCAUUAGUUUGACCAUUCAGGCUCUCUCCUUCAUCUUCACCCACCUCCCGUCCUGUGUGGCCUCCGUCCCCAUGCCUACCCGCUUCCUCUUUCACAUGGCUGAGAAGUACAAGUGCCAGAGCACCAGACAGCUGAGGCCCACGGGUCUGCUUAUCCGAGCGCUGAUCAGUUUCCUGUGCCAGGGCCUGGAGAACGGCGAGACCCUGGAGCUGGUAUCUACUGAGCCCUUGGAGCGAGGGGUCAAAGAGCGUUUGGCACUGCUGUCUGAGUGCCUGCAGGUGAUUCUGGGUCUGCAGAAGGGUAAGCCCAAAGCCAGCGUGCAUAAGAUCCUGCAGGGUCUGGAGGAGAAAAGGCCUAAAUGGAGCUCCAUGCAGCUGCAGAAGGCACACAAGCUCUGCAGUGAGAGCAUAUUCGAGCGUGUGGAGAGUGGCCUGGUGCAGGAUAGAGGUGGACCCAGUGAACCGGCCGAGCAGAAAAUGUGUGCUGUGCUGCUGGAGCUGCGCCAGGCAGCAGGUGGUAUUCAGAACCUGCGGCAGAUCCAUCACACCAUCCAGCUCAAUGAGGGCUUGUUAAGGUCCAAGCUAGCUUCUGCUGUAGACAGUACAUCAUCUCCCGAGGGACAACCGUCUGUCCUGUUCUCCUCAGCAGCCGACGCACUAACCAGUCCGUCCUACUUCGACCCGCUCUUUCACUUCGACCACAUCGGCCACGCUAAAUUUGAUCAGUCAGCUAUGAGCAAGAGAGAGUGGGACUGGGCCCAAGUGCUGUCGGCCUAUCAGAGAGUGAGUCAGGUGACCUUCACAGAUCUGCUGGCUAACAGGUGGGAGAUGCAGGACGGUGCUCAACUUGAAGAUGAAGAGAAGAUUUUAGUGGAUCACUUAAAGAAAACGUAUUUAAACCGAGCUCCGGAAACUUGUCCAGAGGACUCUGAAUGACCCGGAUUAAGGCGCUAUAUUUCACUUUGCAUGUUAAACUAUUUUAUUAUGAGGUAUUAUCUCUCUGUAUAGUGAGGUCUGCUUGGUUUUAGUUGAUUAGUAAGGUUUCCUGUUUUAGGAUCGAUAUGAAUCAGGCGUCACUGUAAAUAAAAGAAGUGGUUUAAGGAGCUGCUGUUCAGCUCAAUCACAUGUUCUUAUAUUAUGUUAUUAUGUUUAUCAUUUCCUCUUUUUAGUAAUUUUUGGUACAUUUCCCUUUAAGCAUACGUGCAUUUAUAAUAAUAAAAGUCAUAACGAAUAUA